GCCCACCCACUGCACUAUAUGUAGCAGCAGCCUUACAUUUGCACUCUUAAAGCCAUUCUCAUGAACACACUCGUGAGGUCUUUUGCCCAAAAUUGAACCAAUAUGUCCAAUAUAUCAACUACAUGCUUUCUGCUGUCUCUAAUAGGUUGCAUCAGUGCACAGUUUAUGCAGCAGGCGCAAUGGGAACUGGCCCGCAAAAGCAGGAGUAAGCGCAUCAGCUGCACUGUGGACGGGUCUAUCUCACUCUCCUCCACUGUUAUUCACUGGUACAGACAGAAACCAGGAGAAGCCCUCCAGCGCAUUUUGCACUUUGCAGCUGGAGCUUCAACAGCCACACCCGAAACAGAAUUUUCCCGUAGAUUUAGCGGUGGGAAAAAAGACAAAACGUUGUCCCUGACCAUCACAGGUGUUAUCGAGGAAGACGCCGCAAAUUACUACUGCGCGUUGUACAGGGGCGAGAAUGAAAAAGUCUUCAGCUCAGGCACCAGACUGUAUGUUGCAGAUAAAGUGUACGUAAGUCCCAAAGUGUCCGCAUACCCAGUGUCCAGGCCACAAGGUGAAAAUCGCGUGUUGCUUUGCGAGGCCAGAGGUAUGUUCCCGGACAUGGUGAAAUUCAAUUGGAAAAUGGAAGAUCAGAGUGGAAAAAAAGUGGAUCUAAACGAUAAUGAGAAGUUGGAGCAGAGAGACGAGGGUCAGGAGGUCAAACUAACCAGCAUGCUCAUCGUAAACAAAGAGAAAGCCAAGACCAAUAAAUUCACCUGCUCUGUUCAACACGGAAGCAAAGAACAGAGUGUUGACAUUCCAAGAUCCCAGCAACAAGAUGACGAGAAACCUGCUACUGUUAAACCUUGUCCAACCCCAAAGGCAAAAGAACAAAAGCAAGCAGAGAAAGAGGAGGAAGUGGAAGAGAUGGAAAAACCUACAUAUGGUGUGACUGAACUGAAACACAGUCUGAAUCUGUUCAGUGUGACAUAUGUGAUACUGCUGCUGAAAAAUGUGCUGUAUUUCUGCACAGUCUCUGUUUUACUGUAUAAAAGAAACGCCGCAAACAAGAAGAUGCUCCGAAGCAAGGCACGCUGAUUAGACCAUCAGCACAACAAACUGAAAGAGUUUUAUUUUCUUAAUGCAACUUUUGUCCUAGUUACUCUGAUAAAAACUUUUUUCAUUUCACUAUUUCCUCAUAACAGGCAAUCAUUUUUAUAUCAAGUCUUCAGACAAAACACUUUUCUUAUUUUCUUUGAAUUAGUUAAUAAUAGUUUAGUGCUUUAAUUAUGAUAGCAUUUAAUCUUUGGGUUUUACUCUGUAUGAAUGACUGAGAUGCUCAUUAAUAAAUUACUACAAAAAUCAA